AUGUUGAGUGCAGCUCGAUCAUUCUUCUCGACUUCGGUCAAGCGUGGCCUUUUCACCACGCAGCGCUUCAAUGCCACCAAGGGAGCCGUGAUCGGAAUUGAUCUCGGAACGACGAAUUCAUGCGUUGCUGUUAUGGAGGGCAAGCAAGCCAAGCGCCAGGCCACAAAGGAUGCUGGGCAGAUUGCUGGACUCAACGUUUUGCGCGUGAUCAACGAGCCGACGGCCGCUGCCCUCGCCUACGGACUGGACAAGUCUGAAGAUAAGAUCAUUGCCGUAUACGAUCUCGGUGGUGGCACCUUCGAUGUCUCAAUUCUUGAAAUCCAAAAGGGCGUCUUCGAAGUAAAGUCCACCAACGGUGACACUUUCCUCGGCGGAGAAGACUUUGAUGUUGCUCUCGUCAACUACCUCGUCCAAGAAUUCAAGAAGGCCGAGGGAAUCGAUAUCACCAAGGACCCAAUGGCUAUGCAGCGUCUCCGUGAAGCCGCCGAGAAGGCCAAGUGCGAGCUCUCAUCAACCACGCAGACUGACAUCAACUUGCCUUACUUGACGAUGGACGCUUCUGGCCCCAAGCACAUGACCCACAAGCUCACUCGCUCCAAAUUCGAGCAGCUUGUUGCUGAUCUAAUCAAGCGCACCAUCGAGCCCUGCCGCAAAGCUAUGCACGAUGCUGAGGUGAAGCCAUCUGACAUCAACGAAGUGCUCCUUGUCGGUGGUAUGUCCCGCAUGCCCAAAGUCCAAGAAAUUGUGAAGGAGGUCUUCGGCAAGUCGCCAUCGAAGGCCGUCAACCCUGAUGAGGCUGUCGCCAUUGGAGCGGCCAUCCAGGGAGCUGUGCUGGCCGGAGAUGUCACGGAUUUGCUACUCCUCGACGUCACCCCAUUGUCGCUCGGUAUCGAGACCCUUGGUGGCGUGAUGACCAAGCUUAUCAACCGCAACACUACCAUCCCGACCAAGAAGAGCCAAACCUUCUCCACCGCUGCUGAUGGCCAGACCCAAGUUCAAAUCAAGGUCUGCCAGGGUGAGCGCGAGAUGGCCAACGACAACAAGAUGCUCGGACAAUUCUCUCUGGUCGGUAUCCCUCCAGCUCCACGUGGUGUUCCCCAAGUCGAAGUCACCUUCGACAUUGACGCGAACGGCAUCGUGAACGUAUCAGCCAAGGACCGCGGAACUGGAAAGGAACAGCAAAUUGUCAUCCAAUCCUCCGGUGGACUGUCUAAGGACCAGAUCGAGAACAUGAUCAAGGAUGCUGAGAAGAACGCCGCCGCUGAUGCCAUCAAGCGCGAAAUGAUCGAGGCCGUCAACCAGGCCGAGUCGAUCAUCAACGACACCGAGAGCAAGAUGACUGAGUUUGCCGAUCAGCUACCAAAGGAGGAAUGCGAAAAGAUUAAGACCAAGCUUGAGGAGCUGCGCAAGGUUCUGGCCGAGAAGGACAACAAGUCGCCUCAAGAGAUCAAGGACGCCCUCUCGCAGCUGCAGAAGGAUUCACUCCAACUCUUCGGAGCGGCUUACCAGAAGAUGGCCGAGAAGAACCAAGGAACCCAACAAGCCGAAGAGGCGACGCCUAAUGCCGAGACCAAGGACGACAAGAAGGAAGGCUCCAAGCAA